CCGUACGUAAACGGUUUAGUUUAAGGCACUUGAAAAGCACCAACACCAUGCUACGUUUGUCAACGUUUUGUAUGUUGCUGGCAGUCGCAGUCGCACAAAGUGGUUACGAGUAUGACAAACCGGGUAAACCGUUUAGCCCUACCACGCCCUCAUCUAGGCCCGGGUAUCAACCAGGUCCUACUGGUGGUUAUCCUACAUCACCCACAUCUCAAGCGUACCCUGGUCCUGGAUCGAGUUCUACGCCUAGCUAUCCAUCUGGACCGUCAAAAUACCCAUCGGGCAAUAAUCGUCCUGAAACUAGCUAUCCUGGCCAAAAGUAUCCAGGUCAAGCACCAAGCGGACCAGUACGACCAGGUUUUCCUGGUCAAGGUGGAAACUAUCCCGGACAAGGAGGCGCUUUUCCAGGACAAGAAGAAAAUUACCCGGGUCAAAGUGGAAAUUACCCAGGAAACAGUGGAAGCUAUCCAGGACAAAGUGGAAAUUACCCAGAACAAAGUGGCAUUUACCCAGGUCAAGCUCCAAGUCGUCCCGGCUUUGGUCCCGCAGCACCCGGAUUUAAACCUGGCUCACCCGGAUUUGGCUCAGGAAAUGCUGGUUUUGAUGAUGGUAAUUAUGAAGGAGGUGAUUAUUCGGCAAUUCCUGGAGAGCCAGACAUAGAUUACCCUGUGCUUUCCGUCGUUCCAGAAACAUCUUUCAGAUGUGAUGCCCAACCUUACCCUGGUUACUAUGCCGAUGUCGAAACUCGGUGCCAAGCUUUCCAUGUAUGCGCUAAUAACAAAACGUACGACUUCUUAUGUCCUAAUGGUACCAUCUUCUCUCAAGAAUUCUUCGUGUGUGUUUGGUGGAACCAAUUUGACUGCAAUUCAGCACCUAGCUUUUUCGAACUGAACGCAAAUCUUUAUGACUAUUCUAUAAUUGGUUCGCAAAUCCCCGGUUCAGGAUUACCUGGUACUGGACCCCAAGGCCCAUCUUAUCCCGGUUCCCCACAAGGACCUUCUGCUUAUCCUGGUCCCCAACGUCCAGGUGGCUACCCUGGUGCAGGCCCUCAAGGUCCAACUGGCUAUCCUGGUGCUGGAACACAAGGCCCAGAAUUAUACCCUGGUGCAGGCCCUCAAGGGCCAGCUGGCUAUCCUGGACUUGAAAUUCAACGUCCAAGUGGUUACCCUGGAGUUGGUCCUCAAGGUCCUUCUGGCUAUCCUGGUGCUGCUCCUCAAAGUCCCACUGGCUACCCUGGUGCUGGUCCACAAAGCCCCGCUGGCUACCCAGGUGCAAGACCUCAAGGCCCAACUGGUUAUCCUGGUGUGGGUCCUCAAGGUUCAGCUGGCUACCCUGGUGCUGGAACUCAGCGUCCAGGUGGUUACCCAGGAGUUGGUCCUCAAGGUCCUUCUGGCUAUCCUGGUUCUGGCACUCAACGUCCAGGAGGCUACCCUGGUAUCAGACCUCAAGGUCCUUCUGGCUACCCUGGUGCUGGCCAACAAGGUCCUGCUGGAUACCCUAGUGCUGGUUCUCAAGGUCCGUCUGGAUACUCUGGUGCUGGUCCUCAAGGUACUACCCGGUUCCCUGGUACAGGUCCUCAAGGUACCACCGGGUUCCCUGGUACAGGUCCUCAAGGAUCUGGCUAUCCUGGUGCUGAAAAACCAACCUAUCCUGGUAGCUCUAGACAGCAAACCCCAUCUGAUUCUUUCCCUGGUAGCCCUGGACCCCAAAGCUCGACAGAGGCCUAUCCUGGUAUUUCAGGACAACGAGGUCCUGGUUCCAGUUCUUCCGGAAACUACCCAGGUUCGCAAGUUACCACAAGUUAUCCUAGUUCUCAGUAUGGCACAGGCUAUCCAUCAGGAAAACCUUCUGGCCCCAGUUUUCCACCAAGCACGAAACGCCCUCAAGGAUCUGGCGACAGCAGCUACCCCACACCACCCAACAGAGAAUACCUCCCACCUAAUUGAUUAAACAUAAUUAUUCCAAUCAUAAGACACUAAUGGACUUAAGUUAUAAGCUGCAAGAAACUACUUUUUUUAUGUACCUGUGUGCUUCGAAAGCAAACGAAAAAAUCGUUGACAAAUGAAA